UCUCCUCUCCAGUUCCUAGCUUAUAAAUAUACAUAAGAACUAAAGCCAUUCACAUCCAACAAGUACUCUAUUUCCUACAUCAAAUUCAGAAUCAACCAGAACACCAUUCAAAGUCAGUCACCCCUCUUGUUUCGAGGAAACUUUCGAUAUGGGAAUCCGUUUGCCAUCGAUUCUUCUUAAUGCCAAGCAGAUUCUGAAAACGCAAGCUCUAUCUACAAGAAAUCAAUCUGGUGUUCCCAAAGGCCACAUUGCAGUCUAUGUGGGAGAGAUUCAAAGGAAGAGAUUUGUGGUACCUAUAUCAUACUUGAAGCAUCCUUCUUUUGUAGAUCUACUCAAUAGAUCAGAAGAGGAAUUUGGAUUUCGCCAUCCAAUGGGCGGCUUGACGAUUCCAUGCAGAGAAGAUGCUUUCAUAAAUCUCACUGCUAGGCUGCAUAGAUCAUGAAAGUUGGAAGAACAAAAAUGAAAUGUUCUUGAUCACAGUUUUGCGACCUCCAGAUUUAGGAAGUAGAGUAGGAUAAUACUGUACAGUGACUUGGUUGUUUCAGCAAUGGAAAUUACAUUAUUCUAUUACAAAAAGAAAUUCUCUUCAUCUCAUUAAUUCCAUUUUUAUUAGUUACUUGUUUUUCUCUCGCUCCUUUAACAUAACUGAAGAGGGUUCAGCUUCAUAAUCUCACAAGUCUACGUAGUUUUAGGAUUAUUGUUACCUACCGUGAGAGAAAAAUAGCAAGGGAGAAUAAAUAGAAAGAACAUACCAGAAAAGUUAUGUUAAAUCACCAAUCAACUAAAAAGUUUAAGCGGAUGGGUUAUGAUAAAUUUAGUUGUAUCAAUACUUCACCACUCCCCCUCCCUGU